AUGUCUUCUGCUGUCAUGUCUUCAGUGUUCAGCAAUGGUACAAUUGCUGAACUUGUUGGUCAAGGUCAAGGUUUGAGUUAUGGCCAGGUGCUCUCUAACAUAAAAGUUGUUCAACCACAAUUAAACUUCAUGGAACAAUAUUGGGCUGCUUGGUACUGUUAUAUGAAUAACGAUAUCUUGGCUACCGGUUUGAUGUUUUUCUUGUUACAUGAAUUCAUGUACUUUUUCAGAUGUCUCCCUUGGGCUAUCAUCGAUCAAAUACCAUAUUUCAGAAGAUGGAAGAUUCAACCAACAAAGAUUCCUUCUGCGAAGGAACAACUUUUCUGUCUGAAAUCUGUUCUUCUAUCACAUUUCCUAGUGGAAGCUAUUCCAAUUUGGACUUUCCAUCCAAUGUGUCAAAAAUUAGGUAUCUCUGUCGCGGUACCCUUCCCAUCUUUGACUACUAUGGCUAAACAAAUUUCUUUGUUCUUCUUCCUAGAAGAUGCUUGGCAUUAUUGGUUCCAUCGUUUGUUCCAUUACGGUGUCUUCUACAAGUAUAUUCACAAGCAACAUCAUCGUUACGCGGCUCCUUUCGGUCUAGCUGCUGAGUACGCUCACCCUGUCGAAACUUUGUCCUUGGGUUUCGGUACCGUUGGUAUGCCAAUCUUCUACGUCAUGUACACCGGUAACUUGCAUCUAUUCACUUUGUGUCUAUGGAUUACCAUGAGAUUAUUCCAAGCCGUCGAUUCUCACUCUGGUUACGAUUUCCCAUGGUCUUUAAACAAAUUCUUGCCAUUCUGGUCUGGUGCUGAACAUCACGAUCUACAUCACCAUUACUUCAUCGGGAACUACGCUUCCUCUUUCAGAUGGUGGGAUUAUGUAUUGGACACUGAAGCUGGCCCGGAAGCUAAAGCUGAAAGAGAAGAAAGAAUGAAGCUAAAGGCUGAAAAGAAGGCAAAGAAAGCUAAUUAA